GUUAAUAAGAGAUGGGUAGAGCUAAAGAUAAAGAUGAGCGAGACGAACCUCUCAGUACCACGGGUCGUAAACCAGAGAGAUUUGCAAUAGACGACUCAGGCGACUUCUUCAUGAUAGGAAGUGAAGUGGGAGCUCACCUUAAGAUGACACGUGGAUUGCUAUACAGAAAAUACCCGGGGUUAUGGAGGAAACAGGCCACAUUUGAUGAACGUAAGAGAAUAGAAGCACAGGGGAUAAUAUCUGCCCAAAGCACCAACAAUAUCACGCUAGUAAAAGGGCUAGAAAUAGAUGAUGUUAUUGAUGGUUUAGAUGAAAAGUACAAAUUUGAUCACAACAAAGCUCUGGCAGCAGCAAAAGGCCAAGACCACAAAGACGACAACUCGACACCAUCUAGAAGGUCGAGAGGAGCACGGCCCCAGCCGGGUUGGAUCCCCCAGACUGUUCCUGCGACUCAGUCCCACCAUCUGGACGCUGUGCCUACAGCCACUCCUGUCAGCAGAUCUAGAUUCCUCACUAAACGUGUUCGCAGCAGUCCCAUCAUUAACGAUAUUGAUGAAGGCGCGAUGCACGAAGCCGCUAAGUUAGACGAGUAUCUGGUUCCAAUCAGACUGGAUAUCGACCUCGAAGGACACAGACUUCGCGAUACUCUAACUUGGAAUAAAAAUGAAAAGAAUUUAACUCCAGUGCAGUUCUCGGAGAUACUGGUAGAUGACUUAGAGAUCCCCGGAGCUUUCGUUCCAGUCAUAGCCAACAUUAUACAAACUCAGGUGGACGGGUACGACGCUGAUACCAAAGCUUUGGUGGAGAAUUCCGAUCACAGAGUCAUCAUCAAGCUGAACGUGCACGUGGGCAACACGUCACUGGUGGACCAGUUCGAGUGGGACAUCAGCUGUCCACAGAACAGUCCGGAGGAGUUCGCGAGGAAUCUUUGUCAGGAGCUGGGACUAGGGGGCGAGUUCAUAUCUGCGAUCUCUUACAGUAUUCGAGGACAGCUUGGGUGGCACAUAAAGACUAUGACGUUCACGGAAGCUCCACUCAAAGCUAUUGAAACCCCACUUCGUACAGGUAACCUUGACAAGUGGGCCCCAAACAUAGAGAAUCUUACUGACCAGGAAAUGGAAAAGAAGAUCCGAGAUCAGGACAGGAACGCAAGGAGAAUGAGAAGACUCGCUAACAUGAACUAAACUGAAGACUAUCAUGGACUGCAGCGCCAAGCUCACACGAAUACUUAAUGUUAUAUUUGUUAGCCUUACUAUACUGCACUUUUAUUAUUACUUUUUGUAACAAGUACUCCUGGUGUUACUGUGAAAGUUAACUGUAUUCCAAGUAAAAGAUAUGACGCCAUAUUUCUAAGAGAGCAGCUCGAGCAAAUAGAUGGACUUUUGCUAGUUGAAACCGGAUUUUAUAUUCAAGCGGUGGUUAAUCUGUCAUUAACAAAUUGGAUAUUCCGUCUUGCAAGGUCGUAAUCAAGCAUAUAAUAUUCAUAGUAUACAAUUUAUUCUUAAAAACGACACUAUUUCAAUGAUUUGCAAGGAAAAUUUACAUGACAUUUGUGAUUUGGCUGAAUGGUCAACCCAUAUGCCUACUAAAAAUUGAUAAUUAGUCAAAGCAAGUUCCUGAUUGGCUAAUUAUAUUAACUCAAUUAUAUGAACCGUCCUGAUACUAGUAACACUCUAUAUUCUAGAUUUGAAGUAACUGAACUCAGGAUCAGGGACGGAUAUACCUAAUUUAAUUUUCUUUAUCUUUGAAACAUUCUGCAGAUCGACAUUCUUCAAUACCGAUAAGACUUGACUAAAAUUUGAUUAAGGAUAUUUGGGAGUGUAAAAUGUUACCUAGAAAUUAUUAAAAAUUAAGAUAUGUAAUCGACUCAGUUUCCUGUACUGUUCUUGAACUUUAACAUACGUUUAAGAUACGUUGUAUGAAUCUCAUACUCAAUUUUGUUUGGCUCCACAGGCCACUGUUCUUUUCUGCUCAAAACUUUAUUUCUGGACCCUAUUUUUAAAUGAUAACCCAUGUUUAUUUUAUUUGAUUUAUUUCAGAUUUAUGAUAA